GGACGGAGGCACUCCCCGCCCAUUUACACUGUCUUGACCAAACGUCUUUUAAUACAAAAAUGUCGUGUCCUCAAAUUUUCUCAGAGUCGAAUAAUUUUUUCCCUCUCUUUCCCUCUGUUUUUAGCCGAGCCCGGAUACCUGCUGCAGCUGGACUUCCGGGAGUCGUUCCACAUCGAGCCCUCGGAGGGAUGCCGGUUCGACUUCCUCGAGGUGCGCGACGGCGCGCACGGCUACUCGACGCUGCGCGGCGUGUUCUGCGGGCAGACCUUCCCGCCCAUCCUCACGUCCUCGGACCGCUACUUCUGGCUGCGCUUCCACUCGGACGAGAACAUCGAGUACGGCGGCUUUAAGGCCGUCUACCGCACCGUGCCGCGCCCCACCUCAGGCGUCGUCCCGCCGCCGAUGGAGAUGUGCAGCUUCAACAUGUCGGACAUGUCGCAGGGGUACGUCAACAGGUCGGACAUUGACAAGUACGAGCCGGAGCGCGUGAGCAUCGCCAUCGAGCACAAGAUGGCCAUCGACUGUAUGUGGAUCAUCACGGUGGAGGUGGGCUGGAAGAUCCACCUCAACUUCCUCAACUUCAAGCUGGAGAAGCCCAACGACUGCGAGUCCAACUUCGUGGACGUGUUCUCCACGCGGACCGACAUACCGUCGCGCCUCAAGAACUUCUGCGGCUCCAUCGCCGACGCCGUCACCUCGGAAAGCAACAUCCUGCACAUACGCUUCUUCGCCGACUACAACGCUAAGAACAGCACCUUCGACUCGCUCUUCACCGCCUUCCGGGAUCGCGGGCCGCAAGGUUCCUGCGACGACAAGGGCGACCAGAAGACGGAGUACGACUGCGAAGACAACACGUGCAUACGGCACGAGCUCAAGUGCAACGGCGUGCACAACUGCCGCUUCAAGUGGGACGAGGAGGACUGCAAGCUCAAGCCGGGCUCCUUCUUGAGCAUCAUCAGCAACUCGGAGCAGCUCAUCAUCAUCAUGAUCAUCUUCUGCCUGCUCGUGUUCGGCAUGUGUUUCGCCUUCGUGUACAACUGCGUCGGCAAGCUUCUCAGGGACCACCGCAUCAUCCAGGAACACAUGCGGCAGUCGCGCGAGGACCGGCUGGACGAGAUGGGUCGCAAGUCGCCCUCCAUGAGCCACUCGGUGCGCCACUGCUCGCAGCACUCGAGCGAGCACGACCACCACGGCCACGACCACGACGAGCUGAGCUCCGAGAACACGCCCACGGCCAGGAGGCAUCACCAGGACUGCUACCUCGCAGGUACUGACGACGCCAUGCUGCCGAUGCUGGUGUCGCGAGGGUCGCUGCCGGCGCCGCCCUCCAACGGCGACGCCAUCUUCGUGCGGACGUGCGCGGCGGGCAGCAGCGGCGGCCUGCACCGUGCCGCCGACCUGGACGACGACGUCGUGGACCUGUCGCCGCCGCUGCCGCCAUCCGCCGCGCACUCCAUGCAGCUGCCGGAGAUGAGGGACAUGGAGUGCCAGACGCGCGAGAGCCUGUUCCACAACCACAGCAGCAGCCUGAGCAACCACAACGACCCGUCCAGGUCCAACUCGGAGCGCAGCUGCACGCCCCCGCCGCCGCCGCCGCCCACCAUCUCGCGCCUGGUCAACAUGAAGAACAGCCGCAACAACGGGCCGAGGCCCACGCCCUUCAGCACGUUCGGCUACGUGGACGACGGCCUGGGGCCGGCGGCCACCCUGUCCCGGCGGGGGCCGCCGCCCGCACCCGGCUCCCACCACCACCACCAUCACCACCACCACCACGAGGACCCCAUGCGCUUCCGGGCCGAGGCCGUCAUCGAGAUGGACCAAAAGAGCAGCAGCUCGUCAUCGGCUGGGGGAGGUGGUGGUGGUGGCGGCGGCGGUGGAGGUGGCGGAGGACCUCCUGGGGCGGGGUCCGAGCGGCCCUUCAGCAUGGACUCGACCAAGUCAGCCCCCGACGUGAUCGUCACCCACUGACGACGGUGCACUGCCGUGUGGGAAUCGGCCCGCAGGGGGCUCCCCCGGCAAGACGAGGACGUGAUCGUGCACCUCGAGGACCUGAGUGACUCUGAGCCCGGUGCGCCCGGUCAGUCGGGGUCGCCGCCGGCCCUGGGGCCCCCGGCUGAGUUCUGUGACUCCGCGGCCUGUGGCUCCGCGUCAUGACAUUAGCCGUCUCCUCAGCACGAGGAGCCCGCCGAAUCCAGGGGACCAGGGUAUCGCGCGCCUGUGCCCGUGUCGGCUGGGCUGGGCACGGUUUGUACGAGCUGAACGCCUUUUGUCUUGCCUGCUUGGGCCGCCUGCGGCUGCACGCGGGCUGUUGAGACUGCAAGACUGGCCCGUAAAGCCACAUGUGCGUCGUGAAGUGUGCUGCCCAUGGACAUGAGACGAGCCAGGGGUCGCCCCGAGUCUGCAGCCCAGGGUAGGACUGAAACAAGCGCAUUGCAGAUGCACGAGUAAGGGAGGACGUCAUUUCAGCAUUUGGAACGAACGCCAUUUGACUGGCAGUGGCUUGUUUUGCUUUCCUUAGUAAUGGUGUACUCCCUUACUCAGUGUUUCUAUUGUUUUGUAAAGUUGUAUAGCUGUGGUCAAUUUUGUUACCAAAGAUAAAGUUGUUAUUGUUCACAUCAUUCUCCAGAAUUGCAGAGUUGAGUUGAAUGCCUGGUACGUUCUAUUCAACUUCGAGAAGAUAUAUAGAGGCCAGUAGUUGAUGCACUUCUAUUUCAAUCAAAAAUAAACACGUUUCUUACAUGACCUUUUUUUACUGUGAGGAAUUAAGAUACUGCUACCCUGUUGAGGAAGAAAUUCUUCUAACAAUAUAACAUUAUUCUAUGGUGCUGUCUUUUUUUUGUUUCGUUGCCCUAUUUGAUUUUAAUUUUAAAUCUUCUCUGGAGAAUUGUGAAGACAAUCUAAGAAAACUGUGAUCAUCUGCGAGAAAGUUUCGCUUUUG